UAGGGAUUCUAUAUGCAUUCAUUGCUUUCAUUUAUAAUUGAGUAAUCCAGAAAAGCGGAUUUUACCCCAUAUAUCAUUCUUCACUGUGUGAACGAGGUCGUGAAUUUUACAGGAAGAUAUCAAGAAAAAAUUAAAAAUGGCGCAGACUACGGAUAUGCAGCAGGAAUGGAUUAAAAUGUUUAAUGAGCUUGAUGAAAACAAAGAUGGAGAGCUUUGUAAAGACGAAAUAAAAUAUUUGAUGAGAGUCUGUGGAGCUAACCCUACGGACGAAGACGUUGACGAAUAUAUAAGAGACGUGGAUAAAAAUGAUGAUAUGAAAAUUAGUUGUGAGGAGUUUUGUUUAUUCAUGGAAAAGCAGUAUGCACAAGGAGCUCCACAAGAUAAAUUACGGGAAGCAUUUGACUGCUUUGACAAAAAUAAAGAUAAUUACAUAGAUCGUGAAGAACUCAAAGAAAUACUGAGGAAAUGCAACUGCGUAGAAGAUCCCGACGACGAAGAUGUGAUAACUAAAGUAAUAGACUACGCCGACCUAAAUGGGGAUGGUAAAAUUGACUUUGAUGAAUUUGUGAAGCAGUUGCAAUGUGUGAAUUAAGCAACGGGAAGUGAUGAUAAAAUAAUAUGUGCAUAUGCGUUCAGGACUAGACAAAAUCAGUGGAAACACAAACACCCCAUACCGAUUCAUUUAAACAGAAGGAUGAAUUUAUAUGCAAUAUCCAAACAUAUCAUAAGGUUAUUUUGUGAAAAUAGAAUAUUUCUCGACAUUUCCUUCGUUUUGUAGAUUUUCCUACAAUUUAUUAUUGUUUUCUUAUAUUUUACUGAUAUUAUGUUUGACAACUUACUUAUAUAGAUACGGUAAAAAAACUGCAAUUCUAGUAUUUUCUUUUUAUACUACCUACCUUUAAUGAUGCAAUAUGUCAAUAUACUUUAAAUGGGAUAGAAUGGUAAAAAAACAAUUACCUAAUCCAAAAGUGCAUUUACUAACUGAAAACACAGACAUAUUUUUACAUGUAGAAAUUAUUUCAUGAAAUUUCCUGCGGCUACGUGACAGCCCAAGGCAUCUAUUCAGAAUAGAUAUUUUGCAAAACCUUCAGGCAUACAAAAAUAUAAAAUGUAUUUCACGAAAAUGACAUAUACGAAGUGGCAAUACCAGAAACACUUCGCCAGAAAAAGGGGACUGCAAAGGAAUAAAACGAUAAAAAACGCAUAUCUAAAGUGAUAAAAGAGGUUCCCUCAGUCAACAUCUAAAAUAUUUCAGGAUAUGUUUACUUCUGAAAAACGUUAUUCCUUUAUCUUCAAAGAUUUUCCUACAAUUUCUUGUUUCCGUAUUUUUACAUUUAUGUUUUGAUUCACAAGGCACUUAUAUAUACGCAUAAUUAACCAAAAAAAGU